CGUCGUCUUCUUUUUUCGCCUCUGGGACGCUCUUAGCGCUGGCGGCGGCUUCUUCUUCUUCUUUCGUAUGGGGUACUGAGUACCGGUACCAGCUGUCUGGUGCGUCGUCAAGUGGGCAGGGGUCCUCUCCAACUCCAAGGGAGCCAUCCAAUUGGCGGUACCCCCUGGAGCAUGUCUCGUCUAGGCAAGCAGAGCCAGCUGUAUUGUUGCCCAAGUGCCGCCGCCUGUCUCCAAGCGAGAGCAAACGGAGCGAAUGGCAGAUUACGGAGCAAUGGGCGCACAUCUGCCGCUACAUGUACUCUACCUACAAGUAUGUGUGCAGGUAUGCGUUGGACCUAUUCCAUGCCUAUCGGGCCAGACGACCUGCGGCCGGCUUAAUUCAACCAUUGCAUUCGGGCCCCUUUUCUCUUUGUCAACACUGAUCAAUAAUCCCUUCCAUGGUCGAUCUCCGAAAUCGAUAGCGGAGAUGUAGAAAGCUAGGCGAUACAAAAACGAUAGUCGCCUUGUUGUCUUGAUCUUUGACACGGAAUACUCAAAGGGAUGUUCCGUUUGAAAGCACCGUCGCUAAACAAUUCAAGACCCGUGCUAAAAUUAUGGACGGCGUGCGGUACGGAGUAGCAUUAACCUCAUCCACUACUGACAUCUUAUCGAACGUG